CACACACACACACACACACACACACACACACACACACACACACACACACCCCUGCUUAUUCAUACCUAUGGAACUUAGAAGAGUAGACACACAUACUUAGACUUACACGUCCAGAUUUACACACAACAUGGAAAGAAUUGGGAUGCUGCCAAGUGGAAUGUCCAUCUGCUCCUCCGUCCCUGAUCUUCUCUUCCUACCUGAACUCGUAUUCGGUGCUGCAGUGUGGAUUUUAGUGGCAUGUACUAAAGUGGUUCCAGCUAACCCUCAGGCGUACGUCCUGGCCGUGUCUUUGUUCUGCUUCAUCACAACCUUCAUCUGGAUGAUGAUGUUCCUGUGUGGUGCUCAUCACAACCAAACCUCCUGGGCCACUGCAGACCUGGUGUAUCACUGUACAGCUGCUCUCCUGUAUCUCAGCUCCUCAGUGCUCCUGGCGUACGUCACAUCUGCUAUCAGCCCCUUCAGUCAGGUCAACUUCACUCCCUACAAACUCAAUGUCUCUGCAGUGGUGUUCUCCUUCUGGACGACACUGCAGUACAUUGUACACGCUGCUUUAUCAGCCAUCAGAUGGAAAUCUUUUUAAAAUACAGAUGACUCAGGACUAUGUGUGUGUGUCUGUGUGUCUGUCUGUGUGUGUGCGUGC